AUGACUCGAACUCAAGUGUCCUUCCCUUCCCCUUCCACCCUGAAGAAGUUCCCUCAUGUCCAUGAGGACCCUUCUACCCUUUCCCAGUCCCUCGAUCCCUUCACCAUCACCACAUCCACUGGCUUCCUCCCCUAUGCCACUGCUCCCACUACCCUGCCCGAAGCGUUCAAGGCUCUUGCCUCUCUGGUGGAACGCGCCCCUGUUGUCAUGCUCGAUGGCAAGCCGGGUCUGCUUGCAACCUAUGAGCUAGGCCCCGCCGUCGAGUCAGAGCUGACCGAUCUCACUGAUGAAGUCGAGAAGCUACGUCUCGCCGAUGGUUCUUAUGACAAGUUUACUAUUGCUGCCAUCUUCCGUGACUACACCUUCGUCGCCUCCUCCUACCUCCUUGAGCCAUGCUGGGAGAACUGGAACAAGUUGCCGGACCAGAGCUAUGGUCUUGGUCGGGAUAUUCUCCCCAAGUCUGUUGCCCGUCCUAUGUACCGCUGUGCACAGAUUCUGGAUCUACCUCCUUUCAUGUCUUACGCAGCUUCAUAUGCGCUAUUCAACUACACAAUGGCCGACCCUGCAAAGGGUCUCGAUGACUACUCCAACCUCCGUCUAGUCCGCGCCUUCGAGAAGGGCCUGGACCCCAAGAGCUCCGAGGCCGGAUUCAUUCUGACCCACGUUGACAUGGUCAAGUACACCGGCUCACUGAUCAACGGCGUUCUUCGGGUCGUCGACAACCUCGAGCAAAACGGUCCUCGACAGGAUGUCAACGAUGGCUUCCGCCUCAUCCUGAACACCAUGGAGAAGAUCGAGGCUGCUAUGGAGACAAUGUGGGGAAAUUCCAAGCCAGCCGACUACCUCUCCUUCCGCGUCUUCAUCUUCGGAAUCACCAACCAAUCCAUGUUCCCGAACGGCGUGAUCUACGACGGCGUUGAAGAUAACAAACCCCUCCACUUCCGCGGAGAGAGCGGUGCAAAUGAUAGUAUCAUCCCUCUCCUCGACCAUCUCUGCGAAAUCCCCAUGCCCGAAACGCCCCUAACAAAAAUCCUCCACGAAUUCCGCGCCUACAGACCGCUCCCCCACCGCGAGUUCCUAACCUACAUUCGCGAAAAGUCCACCGAAAUCGGAGUCCGGGAUUACUGUGUACAGGACUCAGAGACGGCUGUCUUGUUCCUCAAGGUUCUUAACCAUGUCCGCUCGUUCCGCUGGCGUCAUUGGUUGUUCGCGCGUGAGUAUAUUAUUCGUCGCACACCGCAUCCCACUGCUACUGGCGGAAGUCCGAUUGUUACUUGGCUUCCUAACCAGCUUUCCGCCGUUAUGGAUCUCAUGGUCACCAUCUAUGACACAUACCUCUCGCCCAAGGAGGGCGUUGUUGCUAUCCAGGGCAGUGAGGAUUUGAUUGCGUCGCAUCGGAAGCAGGUUGAGCCUAUGAUGGAACUUGUCAGGGACCAGAGGGAGAAGUUGGCUAAGGAGGUUGAGAGGUGGUGCCAGGAGCGCGGGGUUUGA